AUGGCCUCCCUGGUGGAAGAUGAGGACGACCGAGACCUCGCAGGUUCGCAAGAUGGAAGCUCGGAUAAUGAGAUGGAAGAUGCACUCAGAGACGCAGAUGAAGGCGGAGGUGACAAUGAACCGGAGAUGGACGUGGAUGGCGACGCAGACGACCAAGAUGCGCAAGAUGCGCAAGAUGCGGAUAGCCCCUCUAAUGCAUCUGAAAGUGCCGGAGGAGCAACCCAACAAAACCAGGAUAGCACGACGACCUCUACCGUUCCAAACAAUGCCGCGUCCAAUCUAUCUUCUGUUUUUCAUCCGAACGUGCGCUCCGAAUGCCUAACAGCUUCCAGCUAUGAUAUAGUGCCUACAACAGCUGCGCCCCACAGCACCUCGAUCAAUGCCAUAACGGCGACGGCGGAUAUGAGAUGGGUAUAUAGCGGAGGCUCGGAUGGAUACGUGCGGAAGUUCAACUGGGUGGAUUCGAUCAACAGCAAGCUCAUGUUAACUGUCGCGCAAAGACAUCCGUUCGUGGAUAGUGUGAUAAAAGCGGGAGUCGUGAUGACAUACUGGGAGAAUAUGGAUGGCAACGCACUGUCACCAGUUUACUCGCUGGCAAGUCAAAGCGAAGGGCUCUGGUUGUUGUCCGGUUUGGAAUCUGGCAGUAUCCGACUGCAAUCAACUCGGCAUGAUGAAGGCAAAGAGAUCGCAUUAUUACAGCAACAUACUUCAGCGGUAUCGGUCUUGUCUCUAACAUCCGAUGAGAAAUCAUUACUUUCCGGUAGCUGGGAUAAGCGGAUCUAUGAUUGGGACCUCAAUACAGGCCAAACCAGACGCGCAUUUGGGUCGAGCGCGCGUCAGAUCUCAGCAAUCGAGCUACGUCCUGAAUCCAGUCUGCCAAUCCCCAGAGACACAUCUGAAUUUCAACAACCCAAUGGAACUUACUCAUCCAAUAACCAAUCAAGCGCGGUUAACAGUUUCGAUUAUAUAGACACAUCCAACGAACAGGGCGAGAACGGUGCUACGAACCCGCAGGCGGGGUCACCAGCAGACUCGCUCUUUGGGGGAGCCGAUUCACUGUUCGGUGAUGCCGAUGGAAAUGCUGCCGACGGAAUGGGGUCGUCGACUAAUGCAUUCGGCAUUGACGACGACGAUGAGUUCGGAAAAGCACUUGCCAACGGCGGCCUUGCUGACGCCGAUGCUCCUGGAGAACCGGACACUCAGCCAAAUGGUCUCUUCGAUAGUACCUUCUCUUCCAAUGAUACAGGCGGUAUGGAGUUAAACACACCGACAGCCGCCCAAGCAGCAAACUCUCAGCCAACAGAGACAUCGAAUAACCAGCCCCAAACGGAACCAUUGGCCAACGGUCUCCCUCACGCUGAAGAAUUAGAGCAGCCCUCACAAGACCAGGAACAGUCUCAACAAACUCCGUUCGAGGCAACUAAUGUCACCGAUAAUACAUUCCUCGCUGCUUCAAUAGAUGGUACCAUCCGGAUAUGGGACCGACGACAACCGUCCGCGAUCGCCCGCAUCACUCCUCGCAAUUCUCCUCCUUGGUGUAUGAAUGCCUGCUGGUCCCCAGACGGAAACUACAUCUAUGCCGGCCGUCGAAACGGCACAGUAGAAGAAUACAGUCUACAUAAGGGCCUUCGAGAGCCAGAACGAACCUUCAAAUUCCCACAGGGGAGUGGUCCAGUCACAGCUCUCAGGGCAAUGCCUAACGGUCGACACCUUGUUUGCGCAUCCCACGACAUCCUCCGCCUGUACGAUUUAAAACACGAGCAAGCAACCCGCCAUUCAACUGUUCCCUUCCUCAUUAUCCCCGGUCAUCGCACAGGUACAGUUUCGCAGCUGUAUGUCGACCCGGCAUGUCGCUUCCUCAUCUCCACAAGUGGCAAUAGAGGAUGGGAAGGCAGCACGACAGAGGUCUUGUUGGGUUAUGAGAUUGGCGUCCCUGUUGCUCGGUAG